AUGGGGAAAAGAGAUAAUCAUGGUAAACUCGCCAUACACCUAUUGGUGACAGCGGUGUCCCUGUACCUAUUGGCAUACAUGGGACCUGUUAUUAUGAUGAGUGGUUUCGCGCAGGUAGUCUAUUCGUGGGACUUUCACACUUAUAGUAGUGGGGCUGCCAUUGAAAACCUGGUGCUGGCACUAGCAUUGUUUGUAAUGGCACCGGUACUAUUAAGGGUGUUAAAACUGAGAGACACGACACUAUCCCUGUUAGGAUUGGUAUCAUUUUUCACACUAAACAUGACCCGAGCCCUGGCCCUCUCGACUGAUGGCUUUUAUUACGCAUUAAUACCCGGCUGUUUGAGCGCACUGACCACUGUAGGCAUUAGGGCACACAUGACCAAGAUCAUAGACGUGCAUGAAAUGGGGAAAGUAUUCAGUUUGGUUGCCAUGAAUGAGGCAAAUGCUCCGUUAUUAGCCACAGAAGUGUUUACUUUAUUAUUUGACGCCACCAUAGACUCCAAUCCCAAAUUGCAAUUAAUAGUGGUGGCACUCAUACUACUGGUGCCCGCAAUUGUAAUCACGUGGAUCCAUUGUUGCACAGAGUUGCCUGAUUAUAAUCGCAAUAGUGGUCUAAUACCUAGAAUCAAAAGGGUAGGUGAGUUCCUAAGCCUAUUGCGAGUGGAGCCCUACCUGUUUGCCAUCACAUUUGUCUAUACCAUGAAACGGGAGUUAACGGAACAGUUGGUGGCCGACAAGAUAUGUCGGUUUAAGUAUCACUUGAAUGCAACCUAUUGUUCAAAACUGCAUACUAUGACAGACCACGAGGACUACCUGAACAUGAGGUCCACGAUAUAUGAGGACAAAAAACAUCUAUUUCUAUAUAAGACUGCUUUAGUAAUAGUGCCCUCACUGUUGGCUACCUUUAUAAUCGGCCACUGGACAGACACCUACGUUAAGGCCAAAAAGUGGUUACUAAUUACCGGUGCUUUGGCUAUCAUUGCUGAGUGUAUUAUACUUAUACUCAAUGACUACUACUUUGAUUGGGAUAAAGCCUUAAUACUAACCGCCUAUGUGCCUGGUAUAUUAUCCGGAGGCUUAUUUGCCUUGUUGGCAGCUACCUGGCCAUAUAUCGCAAUCACAACCCCUUUCCAUAUUUUAACCACCAGAGUAACAGUGGCCGAGAUUAUAAACUUACUAGCACAGGCACUGGGCAUAUACGCGAGCGCCCACAUAUUAAACUCGGACCCCAUGUUCAACGGGGGUCAGUUACACAAUUACUCGGGGGUGUUCACUAUAAGUGGUGUAGUCAUAGUGUUUGCACUAAUUUGGUCAAUACUUAUGGUGGACAAGGAGCGGGAUAUUAAGGAAUGGGAGUUCAGAUUUGGCUCAGUAUCAAACAGCGUCGAUGGCAAAGAUGUGGCCCAUCGGGUGAACGCCAAACUCAGACACUUCUUAAGCCACGAGUUCAUACAUCCCUUGAAACUGUUGUUUAACAUAAAAAACGGACACAAAAUGUUGAUGUCGUUAGUGAAACGGCGCGACAAUUACGUUCGCUUUCAGAUCCUAUUGCUAUUCCUGUCUGUAAUCAGUUAUAUCUCGUCCAACUUGGGGCCCAUAGUCUUCGGCUACCAGUUCUCGCAGAAGGUCUACCACUGGGAUUACGACACGUAUGUCAACACGUCGGCC